AGCAACGAAUCACAUCCCGCCCGCUUUGGGACUUGGCGCGUCCGCCUGGCUGCCUCGCUGCCUGAGUGCCUGAAUUCGUCCACAUGGACAUGGACACGACUUGUCAGCAAUUCAUAAUUCAGCUACUAGUUAUCCUCUCGAACUGAAUCAAACAUGCUGUCUUUCUGUCAAAGCCAUGGCUUGUUCAAUCUAAUACUCUGUCUCUGCUACGGCGGGGUUGUCGACAUCCAUGGUUGCGUCCGCCUGGAUGCUACCUCCCAUCUAAGCGUCAUCGAUUCAUCAAGUAUUUUAUCCCUUCUGUUGAGCAGUACCAAGACGACUUCCUAUCGAAUUGGACUUUUCUUUCAUCACUAUCGACAUAACUGUUUCCUUGGUUCUCUGUUACCGCACUAUUGCAAUGCUGCGAUAGACACGGUCACUCUUAGGAUCGCAUUCUCCGAACUGAACACAAGGGCCGAACGAGCAAUGAACUCGCGAGACAGCAAACAAUAUAAGGCAUCAUGGAGAGAGUGUCAGGGCCGAAUGCGGCAAGCUCAAGGCAGAUGAGAUCCAAUGGCUGGACUCUUGCAAUGGUUGACAUGACUUCUCGAGAAGUCUAGAACAAGGUAAUGAACGGAGUAUUAUUGCAUCAACACCAGAACCAUGGAAAUGAGGCCCGAAAGUCAAGCUGAAAUGAAAGCCAGGUAGACAUGUAGGGGUAAGCAGU